AUGUUGGAUGAUCUGUAUCAGAAUGACACAGAGGCCUAUCACAAACUUAUCGAAAAACAGAAGAAAGAAGGAGCUGAGUUCAGCGCCGCGCCUGAGCUGCACUCCAGCAUCUGUGCACAAACUCUGAAACCAAAUCAAGGGCUACUGUACAUCAACUUGUGUAGUUGGAAACGUGUGCCAGCUCCCCAGAAUCCCAGUCAGCCAAUACCCUUGUGUGCCGGUAAACUGGAAACACAGGAUGAAGGAGGUCAAGGGCCGUACGCUGUGCUGGACGUGGCAGUAAAUCCGGAGCUGCUGCUGAAGUGUGAAACCGAGAUGAACCAGCUCUACAUUCUCCUUCUGAACUUUGCACACGAGCACCACAACCUGAAAUCAUCCCAACGGUACACUCCCGUUAGCUCCAGCCCCAGAAGUACCACCGAGGACUUGUACCGUCGCCUUGGAUUUCAGCAGUGGCCUUGUAUGGGCAAUAAAGCUGACAGCGGAGGAGGAAUAGCCUGUCAAACACCAGCUUCCCUUCUGCAGAAGAUUUCUUCCCUCAAUACAGAGAAAGAAGAGGAUAUUUUCGUAGCUCAUGAACCUACAGAGCAUAAAAAAAGUAAUUUGAUCCAAGUCAUCUCCUCCACAUUUGCGCAGCCACAAAGGCCUGAGUACCAGCUGGAGGUGAGGCCUGAUACAUCAGCAGCUCCUCGCCGCGUGGAGCUGACAGUGGAGCUGCCAAAGGUUUCCAACAUGUCAGAAUGCCAACUGCAGAUCUCCAAGGAUGAUGUCUUACUGGAGGUUGAAGAUUUGUAUCACUUGCUCCUGGAGUUUCCCAAUUAUGUCGAUGAAGAUUCUGCAACUGCUGUGUUCAACAAGAAGAAAAGACAGCUGACUUUGAGUGUAAACAUCCUCAGCUAG